CUCUCUUAGUCUUUCCCCAUUCAUACAUCCCUCCUCUCCUCCUCAACAUUACUCACACUUAUCCAUGACAAUCACUUUCUCAUAGACGGGACUAAUUAUUAAAGACUGGAAACGAGUUUACCGAGAGACAAAGACCAGACAGGGGCCGUGAAGUGAACAUCACACAUUUCCGGGCUCUCUGUCCAAUGAAAAUGUUUCAGACCGUCCCCGACACUUCGUCUUACGUCAAGGUAAGACAACAUCGUCACUACGAGCAGGAGGCGCUGUCAGUGGUGAGUGAAGACCAGUCUCUGUUUGAGCCUCCAUACGCUUCUGCUGCUCCUUUACCCAAGACGGACAUGACCGCGUCCGGCACACAGGAUUACGCCCAGACACACAAGAUCAACCCUAUUCCUCCUCAGCAGGAGUGGAUCAGCCAGCCUGUGCGAGUUAACGUCAAACGAGAAUAUGACCACAUCAAUGGAUCCAGAGAGUCCCCGGUGGACUGUAGUGUGGGUAAAUGCAAUAAGAUGGUGGGAGGGACCGACACAUCUCAGAUGAACUAUACUGGCUACAUGGAUGAGAAGUGUGCUCCGCCUCCAAACAUGACAACCAAUGAGAGGAGAGUUAUCGUCCCAGCAGACCCUUCUCUCUGGUCUCCAGACCAUGUGCGGCAAUGGUUAGACUGGGCCAUUAAAGAGUAUGGUCUUCAGGAGAUCGACACAGCCAUGUUCCACAACACAGAUGGAAAAGAGCUUUGCAAGAUGAGCAAAGAGGACUUCCUGAGACUUACCAGCGUUUAUAACACGGAGGUCCUGCUCUCACAUCUCAAUUACCUCAGGGAAAGCAGCUCAUCAAUAUCGUACAACACACCAUCUCAUGCCGACCAGUCCCCUCGCUUGGCUGCCAAAGACGAUGCGUCCUAUGAUGCCGUCCGGAGGGCAGGCUGGUCAAACAACAUGCACAGCGGCAAAGGCUCUCCUACAGUGGUCUCUCAGAACGUGUCCAAGAACACUGAGCCGGCUCGGCCUCAGCCAGACCCUUACCAGAUAUUAGGACCCACUAGCAGUCGACUUGCAAACCCAGGUUCGGGUCAGAUCCAGCUGUGGCAGUUCUUGCUCGAGCUUCUCUCCGACAGCGCCAACGCCGGCUGCAUCACCUGGGAGGGAACCAACGGAGAGUUCAAGAUGACGGACCCCGACGAAGUAGCGCGUCGCUGGGGCGAGCGCAAGAGCAAGCCCAACAUGAACUACGACAAACUCAGCCGAGCCCUGCGCUACUACUACGACAAGAACAUCAUGACCAAAGUGCACGGCAAGCGCUACGCCUACAAGUUUGACUUCCACGGCAUCGCUCAGGCCUUGCAGCCCCAUCCCACCGAGUCCACCAUGUACAAGUACCCCACCGACCUGCCCUACGUGCCCAGUUACCACGCUCACCAGCAGAAGGUCAACUUCGUUUCGCCCCAUCCUCCAUCCAUGCCCGUCACCUCCUCCAAUUUCUUCGGGCCCACGACCCCAUACUGGAGCUCUCCGACAGGUGGGAUUUAUCCCAAUCCCGGCAUGCCACGUCACGCCAAUUCUCACCUCGGCAGUUACUACUAAAGCCCCUCACCUCACACCCGCUCCCCGAAUGCCGAAACCUGAACCGCACUCGGAGAGAAGACAAACAAGGAAGCUGGAAAGGGAGGGAUUUGGGCCGAAACGUUUGUGCAAGGAAGCAGAUGUUGAAAGACAGAGAAAGUGGACCAAAAAUGGCUGAUCCUCUUCAAAAUGGAGUACUACUUAUUCAAAGGACUUGGGUUGGUGUUUGUUUUGGAGAGUUUGCGCAUGUUUCUCGUGCCUUUCCACACCCGAAAGCUGCACCGAUGGGUCCCUUUCUACCAAAUAAAGACCACCUCUAUUAUGUAUAAGUCGGCGUACGUCCGACCGACCGACCGAAAAAAACGAAUCACUGUAAACUCACCCUGUGUGUUAAUGCAAUUGUGAACCGAGUGUUUAUAUUUUUGGACCUAGUCCCUGCUUCCCUUUUGGAAUUUAUCUAAACCCACCUUGGUUACAUGAAGUUAUCUUUUGUAAGUCGUGACUGAAACUCUCUUUUCUAAAGCAAAUCUGGCAACUGGAACAAAUAUUGGCAUUCAGCCGCCAUUUAUCCUCCUGGCUGGAGGACGUGGCGCCUGAUUGUUUUUUAGGAGCUUCUCAGGCUAGCUGGCUCAAGCUAAACUCACUUACUCAUCUUUAGCGCUCCUCUAAUGCUGACGAAGAAGACGGUGUUGAUGUGAAAGCUUUGUGGAAUGGAUCGAAACCUGCUUUACCUUGCCUUCUCAGUGAAAAUCCACUCGUUUUCAUCUCAAAACAGCCAAAGUGUUCAAAUUCACUAUAUGUCUUAACAAUCCUGACUAGAUUAUUGGAUCGCUGAAUGUGGGCAUCAUGCAAAGUACCUCUUUGAAAGAAAAGAAAACAAAAUAACAGCAGCACAAGACGUUGAAACCAGAGAUUCGCGAACGCUGUGCGUUUGUCAGACCUAUUUGCUAGUAUUUCUUAAUUUUUUUAUUUUUUUUUUGUUUUGAUCAAAGGUCAACUAGGCAUUAAAAGCAUCUUACUGUAUAAAUUAUGCAGAGCUAUUUUCAUAUGUGACAGUGUUAAGAAUCAUACGUUAAUACGAGUUGACCUCGGUCAAAAUGCAAACUUUUUUAUCAGUUACUGAAGGUAGUUUGAACUACGUAGGUGUUUUGUAUCUGUACAUAUGGGCAAUAAGUUUAUGAAUGUUCUCUUGUAUUUUUCAGAAAAUGCAUUUUCUAAUGUUCUUGGUGUGCUGCCAUGACAAUAAGAAAGUUAUUUUGAUAUGUAGUUCAUAUUUUUAUUCACUAGAAGCAAAUGCCUUACCAAACAUGCAUGGAGACAAUCGGUUUUCCGAAGUGCCAUAAUAAACCCUCGGUGCCAAAUCGUAUCACUGGCAAACG